AUGCAGGCAGACCCCCGCGCUUCUUCGGCUGCCGAGGAGCCGCCUUUCCGCGGGGCUUUGCACCGCCUCUUCUCCGGUAAGCAGCCAAGCCAGUCUUUGCAGUCUCACGGCGAGGUCAUGUGGGAAAGCGGCGAGUGGUCGGUCGGUCUGCAGUACUGCCACCUCGUCAACCCCACCCACUGUGCAUCAGUCAGCACCACAGCUUGGCUCCUAAUAAGUUUCUAUAAUUAA